CGGCGGCCUCAGCCUGAGGCGGUGCGUGGCUCGGGAGCCGCGAAACCUGAUACUCCCCGGUGCGUGUAGAGAAACGCGCGGCGUUUCCUCGAACCCGUCCGAGCGGCCCCGUCGGACUUCCUAGGGCAAGCGAGGCCAGGAGCAGGCGAAGCCCCCAGCCCGGAAGGCUGCCGCGGGGGGCAGUCCCGCUCCUACGCGUCUAUCUCCUCAUUUUAAUGCCUGCUCAACCGGUCCACCUGGCUGAGUCAAAGGGCUCCUGAGGUCACCGAGUGUCUCAAUGUAACCGCGCCCGCAGCUCAGUGCUCUGCGGAAAUGACAUGGGGAGAAAGUGCCGCGUGGGGCCGCUGGGCCGCCGCCGUGCCGGGACGGAGCCCGGCGGAACGCGAUAGAAGCUCAGCCCGAGCCGGCGGUACCGCCGGGAGGCCCCGGAGAAGGCGGCGCUGCGGUUCGGAUGCGGCGCUCCUCCCGGCGCUCACCAUAGAGCUGCGGGUGGCGCCCUCCUCAGCGUCGGCAUUUCCGGGCGGCACCGCGUCACGUCCGGGCGGCGGAGAUGCCGGUUAAACCAAGUAUUUGGUCAACACAAUUUUGUACAGGUGGACCAUCGCUUUGUUUUAUACUUCAGAAAAUAUGAGAAUAAGCAGAGUGUUGUUCUCUCCGAAUUAAAAGUAUAUAUCUGUGCCUUGCUGAGGACAGCUGCAGGAAUCAAACACUUGAAUCAAUGUUAUCGGAUGAGUUAGAAUCCAAACCAGAGUUCACUUGUGCUGUAGCAGAUAUCUUAAACCAGUGUCUUUUUUGGAAAUAAUGAUUAUAUGCUGGUAGCUUCGCACAGCCCUGAUAAUGUGCUGCUGGUUCAGUUUGUUCAGAAUACUUCUAUUCCACUAGCUCAAGGGCUGGUGGAAUCAGAGCCAAAAGACAUCACCUGUCUUUCUCUCCUUCCUGUUACUGAGACCUCAGAAUGCAACAGACUCAUGUUACCAGAUGAUGAAAGAGAUCUCACUUCUCCAAGUCACACUAGUUCUUCCAAAGAUGUUUCUUCAUCUGCUGUGUUGAGGAGCCUCCAGGUAAAUGUGGGCCCUGAUGGAGAGGAAACAAGAGUACAGAGUGUACAGAAACCACCUGAACUUCUGUCAUCUCCAGAGACUUCCAGUUUAUUGCAAGACCUACAGCCCAGUGACAGCACUUCAUUUAUUCUUCUCAACCUAACUAGAGCAGGGCUGGGCUCUCCAGCAGAGCACUUGGUGUUUGUUCAAGAUGAAGUAGAAGAUUCUGGGAAUGACUUUCUCUCUCAUGAUAGCACAGACAGCAGUACUCCGUGGUUCCUGCGAGUGCAAGAAUUGGCCCAUGACAGUUUAAUUGCUGCAACUCGAGCACAGCUCGCUAAGAAUGCCAAAGCAAGCAAUAAUGGUGAAAAUGUUCAUCUUUGCUCAGGAGAUGGGCAGCCGAAAGACUCAAGCCCCAUUCCUCACUUAUCCCGUAUGGAAAGGAAGUUGAAAUGCACAGUUGAAGGCUGCGAUCGGACAUUUGUGUGGCCAGCUCACUUCAAAUAUCAUCUGAAAACACAUCGGAAUGAUCGUUCCUUCACCUGCCCAGCAGAAGGCUGUGGAAAAAGCUUUUAUGUCUUGCAGAGGCUGAAGGUGCACAUGAGAACUCACAAUGGUGAAAAACCCUUUGUUUGUACAGAGCUGGGUUGUGGGAAACAAUUCACAACAGCUGGAAAUCUGAAGAACCACCUACGAAUUCACACCGGGGAAAAACCCUUUCUGUGUGAAGCACAGGGAUGUGGUCGUUCCUUUGCUGAGUACUCCAGCCUUCGAAAACAUUUAGUUGUCCACUCAGGAGUGAAGCCCCAUCAGUGCCAAAUUUGUGGGAAGACAUUUUCCCAGAGUGGUAGCAGAAAUGUGCAUAUGAGGAAACAUCACUCCCGAAUUGGAACAGGUGUCAGCAGAGAGCAGGAACAACCAGAGUCGUUGAUGGGCAGUAGUUUGCUGGAAGAAUCUACAGUGCAUAGUAAGAAUCUCAUCUCUGUGAACUCUCAGCCCAGCCUUGGUGUGGAGUCUCUACAUCUGCCAGAUACUGAGUCUAUUAUUGGAGUAGAGGAGGGUGAGACCGGCUGCUCUUUCUUCCGCCCUCUUAUAUGUAGUGACUGAAGUGGGAUUGAUUGCUCCUCCUAGAGACUCACCAUGUUGCAGUGGGAUGAGUAAGCGUUGCUUUAACUGUGCACAGAGCGAGUUGGGUAGAUGGCAAACAAAUGAUAAUGCUGGAGCUGGAGAAGACAUACUGGACCAAGUUUCUCCCUACAGAGCUCGAAAUAUGGUCUACUGCUUACAUGUCAUUUAGCCCAUGUCGUGGAACACCAUUUCAAAACUGUUCAUGCAGUCCAUUCUCCUAAAGCACUUGUUAUACUGGAGCACUUAGAAGUUCCAGUUAAGGACCAGGAUCUCAUUGUGUUGGGCACUGUACUGAAUGUGCAAACAUUCAGUAUCUUGAGCAACAGACCUUUCAUACUUUACCUUCAGAGACUAUAUUCUAAUACAUCUCACUGUCAGGAGCUGACUUAAUACCUGAAAUAAAUGUACGACUUGGUAUCAUUUAAUUACAACUGCUGUGUUCUUUUCCAGUUGCUUCUUUCCUGAAAUUUUCUUUGAUAUAUUAACCUCUAUAAAUUACUCUACCAUGUAGAUGUUUUGAAUUUUUGUUAAGAUAAAGUCAUUUUUUUCAUUCAUUCUGUUCUUCAUAUGCUGUGAUUCUGUGAUUCAGAAUUAGCAUUAUUAAGGAAGCAGAAUUUUGCUAAGAUACUCUGCCUUUGUUAUGGCUCCUGUGUGAAGAAGAUGAAUUUAUAUUGCUCCCCAGCUAAUGUAAAUGUAGUGCUGCUGUUGGUAAAGGUAUUUACAAUUUGGUAAAGAUAUUACAAUUUCAGUCUAGGGGACAGCACUCAGCAGAUGCAAUGUGUAGAAUGCUGAACUGAAAAGAAGAGGAAAAAAAAUAAAACCAAAACCAAAACAAAAAAAGCCCCACAAGCCUGAGCUUAGGUUUGUUGGAGAUUCUUUGCAUCAGUAAAGACUGCUGAAACACAACAUGUUGAGCUAUGCCUCAGCAUGAACUGAUUUCUUUGAAAGUGUUACAUAGUAACCCAAAACCCUGGGGCCCUAAAUUCUAAGUUCUAAUACUCUUUGUGAUUUUCAAUGCCACAAACUCAGUUUUAUGUAUCUAUCUAAUUGCUAGCUGUUACAGGUACUGUAUUUUUAUUUGGUGAUGAGGAGGAAUUGUUAUGGAGAAAUGGAUUGAGCUAAAGAAGAUAAAAGAAGACACAACUUCCAUUUAUGUGUGGAAAAGAUCAAUGAAGAAAUUGGACAAUGCAGGAACACUGAUAGUCAUUAUAAAAUCUUCCAAUGUCAAAGUGUUCUGACAUCACAGCUCUCAGAAAACAGGUGGUAAGGGUUUAUAUUUUUGAGAUGCUUACUAUCAAGUAAAGGAAGAUGACUAAUGUGUAAUGACCAAUGACUAACUAUACCAUUUAAGAUGUCCCAGGCACUUGAGCAUGACAUAUUG